AUUUCACCGAGCCACAGGCUGGCAGUAACAUUGCAGUAUCUGGCAACAGGGGAGACCUACCAGAGCUUGUCAGUUGCUCACAGAAUUUCUGUACCAUGUAUUUCAAAAAUAGUUACAGAAGUGUGUUCUGCAAUUUGUACCACAUUGAAAGGGAAAUAUUUAAAGGUAUGUAUGUACUAUGUCUUACGGAAUCAGUAGGUAAAAUGUGCAAGAGUUACUCUUUCAUUCCUACUAUGUUGCAAGCUCCUACAACAGAAAAAGAAUGGGAAGUAAUUGCAAGAGAGAUUGGUGAUUUAUGGCAGUUUCCACAUUGCAUAGGUGCUCUGGAUGGGAAACAUAUUGCAUUUUCACCAUCACAGUGUGUUGGCUCUUCUGACAAUAAGAAAUUUGAUAGCGUAGUUUUGCUUGCUGUUGUGGAUGCACGGCAUCAUUUCACACUUAUGGAUAUGAUUUGUAGCAAUUUUUGUUGUGAUACAGACGUAUUCUUUAAUAGUAGAAUUGGCAUUGCACUGCAAGAAAAUUGGCUCCAUAUUCCUGAAGAAAAAGUUCUUAAUGGUGGCAGUAUUCCAGUACCUUAUGUAGUAGUAGCGGGUGAUGCUUUUAGCCUUUAGCCAUACAUUGUGAAAGCAUACAAGCACUGUGAAGGUGAAAAGUCAAAAAUUUUCAAUAGUAGAUUAUCAAGGGCAAGACUUGUAGUUGACAGUGCUUUCGGUAUUCUCGCUCACCGUUUCAGAAUUGUGUUACGUACAAUGAGGCUACCUACAGAAAAAACUGAACUGCUUAUUCAAGCACUCUGUCUAUUACAUAAUUUCUUGAUAGAUGAAGCAGACAGCAUGUAUCUAUCGAGCAUGAACUUUGCGAAUACUGGACAAGGGCAAGUAGAAGGCGCUUCUUGCAAUAAGGACUGUAUUUUGCAAAGCAUCCAUAAACAAAGAGAAGUCCAAGUGUCAUUGAGUCAUUGACUGCAACAGAUGUUCGUGACAGAUUUUGUGAAUUUUUC